AAUAGGCACCCAGGGGAGCUAGACCUUGCUUUUUAUUCCCGCACAGCUGGGACUGUCUUCUCUAGUCUUGGUCUUCUUUGCUAACCAACGGAUCUGAAAUAAUUUUUCAAAUACCACAGAGUCAAGGAUACAGGCAGCAGCGGGCUCCCCCUGUUGUAUGGACAUUCUGCACCCGAAACCGAUAGCUGAGUGCUGAAGUUUUAUAACACAGAACUUUCAUCCCGGCACAUGAUUUGGGAGUUACACUUUGUGACAUGGAUGAAUCUGCACUUACCCUUGGCACAAUAGAUGUUUCUUAUCUGCCGAAUUCAUCAGAAUACAGUGUUGGUCGAUGUAAGCAUGCAAGUGAGGAAUGGGAUGAGUGUGGUUUUAGACCUACUGUCUUCAGAUCUGCAACCUUAAAAUGGAAAGAAAGCCUCAUGAGCCGGAAAAGGCCAUUCGUUGGAAGAUGUUGUUAUUCCUGCACUCCCCAGAGCUGGGAUAAAUUUUUCAACCCCAGUAUUCCAUCUUUGGGUUUGCGGAAUGUUAUUUAUAUCAAUGAAACUCACACAAGGCACCGAGGAUGGCUUGCAAGACGCCUCUCUUAUGUUCUUUUUGUUCAUGAGCGAGAUGUCCAUAAGGGCAUGUUUGCCACCAAUGUGACUGAAAAUGUACUGAACAGCAGUAG